AGUAGCAGUAGUAGAAACAGUAGCAGCCGUAGUAGUAGUAGCAGCAGGAGUAGUAGUAGCAGCAGUAGUAGUAGUAGUAGUAGUAGUAGUAGCUACAGUAGUAGUAACAGCAGUAGUAGUAGUAGUAACAGCUGUAGUAGAAGUUGUAGCAGCAGUAGUAGUAGUAGCAGUAGUAGAAGUUGUAGCAGCAGUAGUAGUAGUAGUAGUAGCAGCAGUAGUAGUAGUGGCAGUAGUUGUAGCAGCAGUAGUAGUAGUAGUAGUAGCUACAGUAGUAGUAACAGCAGUAGUAGUAGUAGUAACAGCAGUAGUAGAAGUUGUAGCAGCAGUAGUAGUAGUAGUAGCUGCAGUAUUAGUAGUAGCAGUAGCAGCAGUAGUAGUAGUAGUAGCAAUAGUAGCUGCAGUAGUAGUAGUAGUAGUAGCAGCAGCAGUAGUAGUAGUAGUAGUAGUAGUAACAGCAGCAGUAGUAGUAGUCGUAGUAGUAGCAGUAUCAGCAUUAGUAGUAGUAGUAAUAGUAGUAGUAAU